AUGUCGCGCGAUAUCAGGCUGAAGGCACUGCAGAAGAUUGCUGCAUUGUCUGCCGCCAGCUCGACUACCUCUUUCGACAGAUCUGAUCUCGACAGAUUAUGCAAGGCAUGCCCCCCGCAUGGCAGAAGCUCUAAUGGCUAUUCUUCUAGUCAGACUUUCGCUAUUGGACGCGUGCCAAUGACAAUUCGCGAAUUCGAAGUCCUUCUCGCCCUCUGCAAAGCCGCCCCGUCAAUAAAAACUAGCCAAAGUGCUCAGAAGCUGGCCAAUCAGCUUGUCCCCUAUAUACUCGAAGCUCACGUUCAGGCAUUUGUUCACUCGCCGUUCUUCAAGAAAAUCGAUCCCUCUCCUACGGAGGCCUUGGCAUUUAAUGUCACCGCAGCCCUGCUGUCUCUCGGCACAAACUACGAUGCACUGGAGGAGGUAGUCUCGGACAGUCUCUGGGCGUUCAUAAAUGCUUGCAGUCAUGCUGCUGAAAACAUUGUACCUACGUCUGCGGAUCCCCCCGAAGGCCCAACUUUGGACAACGCCAUCCAGACGGCCACGAUUGCAAUCUCUUUGUUGGGUUUCCUGGAAGCUGCUGCAGCUCAGGCCGACUUCUGGCGUGCUGGAGGCAGACUAGCCUUGAUUCAAAGAGUAAAGGAACUCCUGUCUGAACCGUUUCUCAUCGCGGCUGAGACGGCCUUUUCCACGAUCCGCAAUGCGCACUCGCCAGAUCGCCACACCAAGGAGUGGAAGCGCACUCUUCGCCACUAUUCUGUCAUUGGCCGACCACUUGGAGCGAUGCUUCUGCAGAGGAGUUUCAUGUGGCUUCUUGUGGCUGCUACCUCACUUCUGACCACCGAUGCCACUACACUGAGAAGCACGCAUGUCCUUGAUGUCCACAUGUCGGGCACCAAGCAGCCCGAGCCUUCGCGUGCUGCCGAUGUUGAUAUACGAUCCCUGGACUGUUAUGCGAAUAUGGCAUUGAAUCAGAUGGAUUAUCUCGAAGCAAGUGCCGAUUUUGUGAGACUCGGAUCCGUGGGCGAGCAAGAGCUGGCUUUUGCUGUAAAAUCCGCUGCCCUGAUCAGUUAUCUCAAUUGCUCACUUAUCAACGAAGACGUCGCUGAUUCUGACAAUGUCAUGUCUUGGCUUGAGGAGGCACUCGCCGACCCGCUCCAGAUGGCUGAUGAGACCUUGGCUUCGGUCGUGCUUCGGGCAAUGGCCAUUACGUGCAGAAUCACGCCGAGCUACGCCAAUACUGUCAGUCGUCUGCUGCCACGCUUCAUUGUACAGACGGCGCCUGAUUCGAAGACUGUCGCCAUUGCGUCUAAGAGUUUGGCAUUUGUGCUUCGGAAGCUGUCACAGGAUGCCGUCAUCACAACACUCUACACCCUAGGUAAUGUUUUGAGCCCCGGCUCAGAUCGUACGAUUGCCAACAGUACAAUGAACGACUUGAGCCAGGAGGGGCCAACAUCCGUUUAUGCGGGACGGCAUUCCAUGGGAAGCAGCAUAUCUCUUCAAAUUACUGGUGAAGAAGAAACCGCGGUUGUCUGGGGCAAUGUGGUCCAAGCCGUCUGCGGCAUUGCGGCUGCAUGCAACGACCAAAAGAUAACCGCUCUCGCUCAGUCCAUGCUCCUACAGAAAAUUGACAAAAUAAGCCCUCGUGUCGAUGCUCAAAUCAUCAUUGGCGCCGCGGCACUGGCAUUGAAGGGGGGUCAACUAGAGUUCCGCUCUUUGUUGAAGAUGUACUCGAGGAUCUCCCACCUCGGAGUUUCCAGCGAUAAGGGCUUCCUCCUGGAUGCUGUCAUGAAAGCCCGGGUACACCUCUCUACCCACCUCCGACGCGGAUCGCCGUUAUAUGACAUAUAUUGGGAGCACCUCUUGGAAAGCAUCAUCUCCAUUGGUGAUGUGCACAAAUCGCAAACGAAAGAUGCCGACCUUCAACUUGCGGCACAGGAGAUUGCACAGUUACUGCGACCUCUUGCAGUCAUUAUGUCUGCAAACGAUCUCGCAUUCAAUAAUGUCACUGAUGAUGAGUCCCAUACUUUGAUUAGAGACGCAUGGUUUAACCUUGUUGUCCAUGGAUUCACCGUUCAAUCAGACCUCGGAAUACAGUACCAGGACGAGCUGCGACUCAUGGCCAUCCACUCUCCGCCACUUGUUGCUGAACAGAGAGGAGAGCAGAUCGAGAGUGACAUUGAGCUAAACACUGUGCUGCGCCGUGGCAUGAGCUCGGAGCGGGAGACAGCAAAGAGGAAGCAUCUGAGUGACUUGGUGCCCUCAAAGGAUCAGGAGAUCAAGGGCCUUAGCUAUCGGAAGGUCAUUUUCUUGCAGUCGGCGUACCUAGUGGAGAGCCUCCGAGCAGACUCUGGCGACUGCACGAAGGUACUCUCUUAUUUCCUGGAGCCCAGCAUGCGCCGCGGAGACGUCAGCAGCACGAUGGAGGGUAUUGCCACUGCGGUGCUUGAAAACUGUCUCGAGGCCGAAACAGACCUUUACGCUCCCCGCUCCUGUUUUACUUCGACACUUGGCGGCGUCUCCGUUGAGGUCUCCGAUGACUAUGACUUCCGGCGUAAGACUCUCGACAAUCUCCACCGCAAGGCUAAGGCUUGGGUUUCGGGAGUCAUUGGCCUUGCCCCAUUGGACGUAAAGGGCCAACUCCAGACAUACCUGUCAGAAUUCAAUGACGAGGGCGCGUACGGCCACAUUUCCCUAGGUCGCUCGUUUGCACUUGAAAUGUCCUCCGUCAUUCCCUCCACAGACCAGAGGUUGCAGUCUUUGGACUUGGUGGGAGCCUGCAACAUCAACACGGCUUCAGACUUUGUCGCACAAUACACGACGCGUCAAGAGUACCGCUACGGAGAAACUCUACCUGAUCGCGGCACUGAACUGGUGAGUUUCAUGCACUUGAACCGUAGGGCCUCCUUUGUGCAGUCCUCAGUGUCAUCCGCCUCGGAGAGCAACAAUGCGGCCACCGCCCUUGCCCACGUUGAAGCGCGGCUCCGGAGCAAGAAGUCAACUCCACUUUCCGAGGUUAGGGAUAUACUUCGACGAGCUGCCGCUUUGCUCUGUCGUAGCAGUCGCGAUGAGUCUGAUGUCGUUCACUACUUGGUCAGCAUUCCUUUUGCCAUGUUUACGAAGGAAUCCACCAAACUCGGUGUUUCGCUGUGGCUUGGUGUCAUGAACGAGAAUCCCCGUCUCGAGCCCCGUCUCCUUUCUGAGAUUGCCCAGCAGUGGGAGCUUUCCAUCCAGCGAAGGCUCGGGCUCUUCAGUCGAACCGUCACUCAUCCUGACCCCUUCUUCCUGCGCGGAGAAUCGGCGCCAAGCGAUCUCGAAGGCAUUGCCAAACAGAGACACCACGUCCAUAAUCUGUUGUCGCCGCACAUGCGCCUGAUGCAGUUUUUCGCCAGCCACUUCAACGCUACGCGCCUUGGCAGCCCCGAUGUCCAGAAGAUCUUUUUGCGAAUUCUCGAUAUCACCCUUGAUGCCAUUCUUACAGCAACACCGCACCCGGUGGCCCGCGAGUUGAGAUAUCAGAUUGUCCUUUUCGGAUUAAAGGUCAUCCGCGUCUGCACAACCAUUGGGGCAGUGGCCCUGGGGCGUCUGAAAGAAAAGUUGCUAUCAGCCGGACUGAGCUGGUUCAGGGCCGCGCCGCGUUGGUCCUUUGGCAGCAACAUCCUCCAGCUGAAGACUGAACUUCGAUUGCUGUCUGACGUUGUCGUCUCCUUGAAGCAGGUUGAUGCUAUUGGUGCUCCGGCCGGAGGCAACCUCAAGUCGCUCAAGGCUAAGACGCAGCUAUUGUUGCUACUGAUUGAGAACGAGCACACGCGACUCUCUGUCUGGGUUCAUCCGCUUGAGCCACACAAAGCACACACCCUGAGUCAUGCUGCGCCAAAGACGGCGCUCGAGAACUCUUUGGUUCCUUUAGUCAGAACAGCAUGGGCAGAGGAUCCGUCCAUCGCCAUUGAACUUGUGUCAAGGUUUCAGAUUCCUCGUCUGCAUCAGGAAGUGCGCUGGCUUCUCCUCAAUUUUCCAGCCAAAGCGGUGUCUGAACCUGAGGCACUCCCUAUUCUCUUGGGUGGUACAUUGCCGAACGAUGUCAGCUUCCAGCUCAAGUACCUGCUUCUCUGGGCACCGGUGAAUCCGAUCACGGCAGCCACCUAUUUCUCCCCUACCUAUCGCAGCAACCCAUACUUGACUCAAUACGCCAUGAAGGCACUUGAGUCUCACUCGAGCGAGGUUACCUUCUUCUACAUUCCUCAGAUUGUACAGGCACUUCGCUACGAUGCUCUGGGUUACGUUGAGCGGUAUAUUCUGGAGACUGCAAAGUUCUCUCAACUAUUCGCUCAUCAGAUCAUUUGGAAUAUGAAGGCGAACGCCUACAAGGACGAUAGCGGCACCAUUCCUGAUGCCAUCAAACCCACCCUGGACACGGUUCAGGAGAAGAUGGUGGCCAACUUCAGUGACGCUGACCGCGACUUUUACCUGCGCGAGUUUGCCUUCUUCGAUGAGGUGACCAGUAUAUCGGGCAAGCUUAAGCCAUUCAUCAGCCGGCCGAAGCCGGAGAAGGCGCAGAAGAUCGAGGAGGAGCUCCGCAAGAUCAAGGUAGACGUGGGCGUGUACUUGCCCAUCAGCUCAGAUGGCGUUGUCAUUGGCAUCGACCGCAAGUCGGGCAAACCCCUGCAGAGCCAUGCCAAGGCGCCGUACAUGGCAACUUUCCGUGUCAAGAAAGCGAAGAAGUCCAUUGCCGUUGAUGGCGAAGAAUUGGUCGAAGAGGUUGGCAAGCAAGCUGCUCAACACCAGGACAGCCAGACAGUCGAAGUGUGGCAGUCGGUCAUUUUCAAGGUCGGCGACGAUUGCCGACAGGAUGUUCUCGCGCUGCAGAUGAUCGCCGCAUUUCGAGGCAUCUUCCAGAGCGUGGGCCUCGACGUCUAUGUGUUCCCCAACCGCGUCACAGCGACGGCGCCGGGUUGCGGUGUCAUUGAGGUGCUCCCCAAUUCGGUGUCGCGCGACAUGCUUGGCCGCGAGGCAGUCAACGGUCUGUACGACUACUUCAUCUCCAAGUACGGCAACGAGGACUCGCUCCGCUACCAAAAGGCGCGCACCAACUUCGUCAAGAGCAUGGCGGCCUACUCCGUCAUCUCGUUCCUCCUGCAGUUCAAGGACCGCCACAACGGCAACAUUAUGAUCGACGACGCGGGCCACAUCCUGCACAUUGAUUUCGGCUUCUGCUUUGACAUUGCGCCGGGCGGCAUCAAGUUUGAGCGUGCCCCCUUCAAGCUGACCACCGAGAUGAUGGCCGUCAUGGGCGGCGCCGACCACCAGGCCUUCAAGUGGUUCGAGGAACUGACGGUCAAGUCCUUCCUCGCGAGCCGGCAGUACUGUGAGAAGCUCAGCCAGAUCGUCCUGCUCAUGAUGGACAGCGGGCUGCCGUGCUUCAAGCCCGAGACGGUCAAGCACUUUAAGCAGCGGUUCGUGCUCGAGAAGAGCGAGCGCGAGGCGGCCGAGUUUAUGAAGGACCUCAUCAAGAAGAGCGCCGGCAGCUACUCGACGGGUGUAUACGACCAGUUCCAGCUGCUGACCAACGGGAUUCCCUACUGAUGGAGGAGAUGGAUGGACAUGGUUUCAUGUGCGGCUUACACUGCAUUUACUACAAUACAUAUUUAGAUGGUAUGCCUACAGCCUCGACUUAUCCUG